AUGCUAUCUUCUGCUAAUAGGUUUUAUAUUAAGAGGCAUUUGGCAACACAUGCCAACAUGUUCCCUUCUGUUUCUAAGCAAUUUCAAACAAAAGUGCCACCAUAUGCUAAACUUUUAGCGAACCUAGACAAGAUUAAACAAAUAACAAACAAUGCUCCCUUGACCCUAGCAGAGAAAAUUUUAUACUCACAUCUUUGUGAUCCUGAAGAAUCGAUCACUUCUUCUGACCUAUCUACCAUCCGUGGUAAUAAAUACCUGAAACUGAACCCAGACCGUGUGGCUAUGCAGGAUGCUUCUGCUCAAAUGGCGCUUCUACAAUUCAUGACUACUGGUUUGAAUCAAACCUCUGUCCCAGCAUCUAUACAUUGUGACCAUUUAAUUGUAGGCAAAGAUGGUGAAAGCAAGGAUUUGCCCUCUUCCAUUGCUACCAACCAAGAAGUUUUUGACUUUUUGGAGAGUUGUGCCAAGAGAUAUGGUAUCCAGUUUUGGGGUCCAGGCUCCGGUAUCAUUCACCAAAUUGUUUUGGAAAAUUUCUCAGCCCCAGGCCUUAUGAUGCUUGGUACUGAUUCCCACACACCUAAUGCAGGCGGUCUAGGAGCCAUAGCUAUCGGUGUUGGUGGUGCAGAUGCAGUUGACGCCUUGACAGGCACACCAUGGGAGUUAAAGGCUCCAAAAAUUUUCGGUGUUAAGUUAACUGGAAAACUAAGCGGAUGGUCCACCCCUAAGGACGUCAUCACAAAGCUUGCUGGCUUGUUGACUGUCAGAGGUGGUACUGGUUAUAUCAUCGAAUAUUUCGGCGAAGGCGUGUCUACUUUAUCUUGUACAGGUAUGGCAACCAUCUGUAAUAUGGGUGCUGAAAUUGGUGCCACAACGUCAACCUUUCCUUACCAAGAAGCUCACAAGCGUUAUUUGGAAGCAACUAACAGAGCAGAGGUAGCAAAAGCAGCCGAUAUUGCCUUGAACAAAUUCGAUUUCUUAAGAGCCGACAAAGAUGCUGAAUAUGAUAAAGUUAUUGAAAUUGAUUUAUCCACAAUUGAACCCCAUGUCAAUGGUCCAUUUACACCUGACUUCUCCACACCAAUAUCUCAAUAUGCUGAAAAGAGUUUAAAAGAAAAUUGGCCACAAAAGGUUAGUGCCGGUUUAAUCGGGUCAUGCACCAAUUCAUCUUACCAAGACAUGAGUCGUGUCGUCGAUUUAGUCAAGCAAGCUUCUAAAGCUGGGUUGAAACCACGUAUCCCAUUCUUUGUGACUCCUGGUUCAGAACAAAUCAGAGCCACUUUGGAAAGAGAUGGUAUCAUUGACAUUUUCCAAGAGAACGGUGCCAAAGUUUUGGCAAAUGCUUGUGGUCCUUGUAUUGGACAAUGGAAUAGAGAAGAUGUCUCGAAAACAUCAAAAGAAACAAACACCAUUUUUACAUCGUUCAAUAGAAACUUCAGAGCCAGAAACGAUGGUAAUAGAAACACAAUGAAUUUCUUAACUUCCCCAGAAAUAGUGACUGCAAUGAGUUAUUCUGGAGAUGCUCAAUUCAAUCCAUUAACCGAUUCAAUCAAAAUGCCAAACGGAGAAAAUUUCAAAUUCCAGCCACCAAAAGGUGAUGAAUUACCUAAGAGAGGAUUUGAACAUGGUAGGGACAAGUUUUAUCCUGAAACGGACCCAAAACCAAAUAGCAGCGUAGAGAUUAAAGUGGACCCCGAAUCUGAUCGUUUGCAAUUAUUGGAACCAUUCAAGCCUUGGAACGGGAAAGAAUUAAAGACCAAUGUACUUUUGAAAGUGGAAGGUAAGUGUACAACUGAUCAUAUUUCCGCUGCAGGUGUCUGGUUGAAAUAUAAGGGCCAUUUAGAGAACAUUUCAUACAAUACACUAAUUGGUGCACAAAAUAAAGAAACUGGUGAAGUUAAUAAAGCCUAUGACCUAGACGGAACUGAAUAUGAUAUUCCUGGUUUGAUGAUAAAAUGGAAAUCUGAUGGUAAACCAUGGACUGUGGUGGCUGAGCACAACUAUGGUGAGGGCUCUGCAAGAGAGCAUGCUGCGUUAUCACCAAGAUUCCUUGGUGGUGAAAUUCUUCUGGUUAAGUCUUUUGCAAGAAUUCAUGAGACAAAUUUGAAGAAACAAGGUAUGCUGCCACUGACUUUUGCGGAAGAGUCUGACUAUGAUAAAAUAUCAAGUGGUGAUGUUUUAGAAACGUUGAACCUAGUUGACAUGAUUGCCAAAGAUGGUAACAACGGUGGUGAAAUUGACAUCAAAAUUACUAAACCAAAUGGUGACUCGUUCAUCAUCAAGGCAAAACAUACCAUGUCCAAAGAUCAGAUCGAUUUCUUCAAAGCUGGUUCAGCAAUUAACUAUAUUGGUAAUAUACGAAGAAGCGAAUAA